AUGGAACUCAGCAUCUCCAUCUUCGUCGCCAUCAUCGCCACGAGCGUCAGUGCCGGCAGCCACGGCUGGGGCCGUCCCCAAAACCUGGACAAGAUCCCCCGCGACAAGCCCCUGCCCCUCCACCAGAUGCCCGAAUGCUGGCAAGGCUGCUUCCAGUCCACGAACCACGCCUACGGCGGCGGCGACUUCAACACGAUCAGCCAGUAUGACUUUUGCGAGGAUAAGUGGUCGCAUCUCCGUUCCUGGUCCAAGACGUGGGGCCACACCUGCGGCAUGAACGAGUGCAAAGACAAGGAGGACGGCUAUCGCAUGGUCCGCUGGUUCAACUCUGUAUGUUUGAUUUGA